AUUCAUAUUAUUAAUUUCAAGAUGAUUAAAUUACGUAGGGCGUGUUUCAUUUAUUUAUCAUGCACACGCAACUAUGAGUUAUGAUGAAACAUGAAACUGACUGAUAAAAAAUAAACAGAAAUAUAUAAAUAUAAUUUAAAUAAUGUGUUUCCUUGUUUAUUGCUAAAGAAUUAAACUAGAAAUUCGGUUGAAUACAAUGAAAAAUAUAUUUUAAAUAUAGAAUUUGUACUUAAUUACAGAUGUAUAAAAGACAUCAAAUAAAAAUAUAUAAAUGUGUACAUUUGUUGCUUGUAUCGAAUAAUCGAGCAAUCGAGUCAAGACAGUUUUCGAUUUAAAACACAACGACGAACUAGAAGCUACAGCCAUUUGUCGUAGAAAAUUCUAACCUAAAGUGGAAAAUGACUGUGCGUCGGUGCGAAUAUUACAUUCAGAUAAGAAGAGUAAUUAUAAAAAACUGCAAUUCUCUGAGCAAUGCUUAACUAUCGGUUUUAGAAAUAUCUGCAUCGGAUAGGGAAGUUGAAAUCAUCGCAUUUUUGGAUAAGAAACAAUAUUUUAUACCAGGGUUAUAAAAAAAGUGGAAUUUAAUAAUUAUUUGAUCGUAUUCAUCGUACCCCGUGGGUAUGCUUAGUUAUGUCGUCAGCAAACAAUACAGAAUCACUUGGAACUCUACAAUGGGAUAUAAUCGAAUUGGCAAACCAUUUGCGUCAAGAACGCUUGUUUGUCAAUUCAGAACAACAAAAUCUACAAGUACUUAAUAAGAAGGUAUUGUAUGCAUCAUCGAAUUUAGCUCAACAAGCAUGGAUUACAGCCCAGCAAAGGGUAAACCUGAAUCAAUUGAUAAUGUCUAAACCAUAUUGUACACCAGCAUCAUGUUGUCAAAGAGCAAAUAUAUUGGAAAGCCCAAAUUUCGUGGAUGUAUACAAAUAUUUAAAUUAUCAGACAUGUCUAUCAUAUGGGGAGUUUUUAGGCGCUUUUAGGAAAUCUCCAAAGUUGAUUGCGCUAUGUUUAGUCGAGGGGGAUAAAUUGUUACCAGACUUGGUGCAAACUAUAGUUCAAUUAUUAGCAGCUGGUUUAUAUGGUAGUUGUUUGCUACCAGAGGAUAAGAUUUUGCUGUUAAAGUUAUUGAGGCACCUGAUGCUGCUACAGAUCAUACCGUCUGAUAAUCCUAGAAGAUUACUCAGACAUGGCACUUGCGCUUUCUCUAGGCUUUACUCGAUCUUUCAUGAGAGUCUAUUUUCGGCCAAGUUCUUUUUGACUGCUGCUUUGCAUAAUCCGAUUGUGCAGUUAUUGAUGGAAGAUGAAAUGUUUCUCGACAUUGAUCCAGACAAAGCGCCCAUAAGGUUCCCUGCAGCAGAGAGGUUGAAAAAAUUUGGCAAAGAGGGUACUACCGAGUAUGAAUCUAAAUUACAACGUUACAGACUCUGGACGGUUAAUUCUUUGUUUAAUAUUACACAAAGAUUUAUAACCAGUAUAAGAGAAAAUAUGCAUUGUUUCCCAAGUAGCAUAUGCUGGCUGGUUCGACAAAUGGCAGGACUUUUAGGAAAAAAUGGGAAUGUUGAUUCGAAAGAAGUACAUGCGAUGUGUACCGAUUUGGUUUUUACGUACUUUAUAUGUCCUGCGAUCGUAAAUCCGGAGCCGUAUGGUAUUACCGAUGCGCCUAUUAGCUAUGUUGCACGAUUUAAUCUAAUGCAGGUUGGACAAAUCCUGCAAAUGCUCUCGUUAAUGAAGUAUCAAGCCGUUGACAGUAAGACGUUCGAUCUCUAUAAAAAAUUCGACAAGGAUUCUAUUUCUUCUAUAAUAGAUACGAUGGUAAAUGGUGCGGCAGAAGAACUCGAAGAUGAACCCAAUAUCAGCAUCGAUAACAAUAAACUUCGAGGUCUUUCGCGUUCUGCUGCUUUAUUCACUGAGACAGAGUUGAAUACGUUCAUUAUAUUUUUGCAAACUAUAGCCGCUGAAACCGCAGUAGAAAACGCUGCUUUUGAUGCGAAACAACUGGUCAAUUUACUCUCUCAAUUACCUUCUGGUUCUUUAUCCGCAAAUAAAUUGGCUAACAAUCAUUCCGUCGAAUCUACCAACAAAAAGGGAGGUCUUCUAGGAAAAGGCAGAAAACGAGGAGUACUAAUAUCACCGUCAUCAUCGUACUCGUCUAAUACGACUAACGAUGGCGGAGAUGAGCUGAAUGGUACUUCGACUCCUGAAGAGGAAUCCAUUGAUAAAAAUCCUCAAGAUGUUCUUGUUAUCCCAUUUGGACCAACUAGUGGAGAAUUUGUUGGACUACUUAGUGAACAAAAAGUCUUGUGUACGGAACUUGGAUCUAAUUUAGAAAAUGGACCAGUUACUUUGAAUCUCGAAUCAGAUGAUAUAUCCAACAUUCACGAUAGACGGGAAAGUUGCAGCGUUGAGCGUAUAGAAAGUCAAGAAAAAAAAACUCGAUUUUCGUUGUCUCAUGAUGAAGUUCUAUUCGAAGGAUUUAAUGGCAAUACUUCGGAUAAUUUGGAGGCUGUAUCUGAAGCUGCUUCGAAUCAUAGUGUCGCGUCCUCACUGGAGCUUGAAACAGAAGAUCAAAACGAUAAUCUCUCGGAUAUGGUAUCCGCUAGUGUGUCAGGACGUGGAACGCCUAACAUAUCAGGUCGUGACACCCCAUCCUCUCAAAUGACGGAAGGUGAAGAAGGGCGAACAGACGAAACGCGACAAUUGGGUCUACCAUCGUCGACUAUACCGACGAAACAGAGCCAAUCCGAGAUAGAUGAUAAAUUUUGCAAAUUCGAAAUAAAAAAAUUAAUCGAAGGAGACGAAACUGUUUCAAUGGUAUCUGAUACUUGGUCGACGGAUGUUCUGGCUUCGGAUAGUGAAAUAGUCGAGCAACAAGAAAAACCCUUAUAUCCCCCUUCGACCGAGCAAAUUUCAUCAGUUUUGUCAACAACUUCGGAAUCAAUGCCGCAAGCAAUGUUAGAUGUGAGUGAAACUGCAUCUGAAGCUUGGAGUACUGAUGUGUUGGCUAGUGAUUCAGAGAGACUAACGGAAGUUGAUACCGACGAUACUGCUAGCGUUGCAAGAUCUGAUGACACUGCAAGGUCCGAAAUCGAAGUUGAGGCUUGUAGCGAAGCUGAAACCACCGAAAAGACACUGUCACAAUCAAUUGCUCAAAAUGUUACUUCGACUGAAUGUUUAUCAACAACGAAUUAUCAAGAGAACGCGCAACUUCCUACGAGCAUUUCUCUUUCACCGACAACGUCUCCAACGUCCAUUUCAGAUAUGGCUGAACAAAGCAGAUCUAAUUAUUCAACUAUCACGACAGAAUAUAUUGAUAAAAAUGCCAACAAUAUUGGCAGUGAUUCUAUAGAUUACGGGAAAACACCGUGCGAGGGUAUGGUCGAUCUGAUGGACAAGUUACAUAUUGAAGAUGCAAAAGAUCAAAUGGAGCAACAAAAUUCGUCUCAUCACAAUGCUAUCGCCACAGCAGCUGUUACGCCAGCUUUAUUAUUAGCUAAUCACAUCUCACCGCCUACUUUGAUGAACACAGAGAAAUCACAUAAUGUUCCGAAAUCAGAGGAAAUACAAAGUGGCUUAGUUGAUACGAUUGAUGGAAGUAUUAAUGAAAGCGGUCCUGAUGGUGCUGUUGGAUUAAGUACUGGUAGUUUGGCAUCCAGCAGUAGUUCAGGUUCUGAAACGCGAAUAAAAAAUACGAAUUCAGAGAUACCGCGUGUUUCUUUGGAAAAUGAGAACUGCGAUGUCACGAACGAUAAUCUGAAGCCGACGGCUUCAAGUGGAGCUAUACCGAAAAGUAUCAGCUUCGAUAUGACCGCAGAACGUGGAGACAAGGAAUUGUUGGACGAUGAUCAAAAAAAUAAGAGAAGCUUUUUUGGUAAAUUAAAAAUGUCUUUGAGAAAUCGACGCAGAACAGUUCGUGGUACAGAAGAUAUCGCUAGAUGUUAUGAUCGAGAUAUCAUUGGAGAUGGUAUUAACGUGAGCCGGCAUAGACCACGCAGAAUAAUGUCAGAAGAUGUGACAUCAACUAGCAGUAUGAACGGUGAUAGCACGGACGACAUUUUAGCUAAAUAUAGAAGGAAGCCAAGUGCGGCAAGUGACACAGCAUCCAUAGAAAGCAAUCAGUCUCGUAUGAAAGAUUCAACUGAAGACGAAAGGCUUUUUAUAGAUCCGAAUAAUGUAGAGCUUUCGUAUGCAUUUUCUGAUGCUAAAAGAAAAUUGCGAAUGGUACUUAGUACUGCUGAUCUUCAGCACGUUCCUUGGAGCGCUACGUCAGAGCGGAGUUACUGGUUACAAAAGGAAAAUGAAUUAGUUGCUUUCCUGCAAUUGCAAUUGGCAGAAGCCAUAAAUUUACAAGACAGAGCAUUAAUAGCACAUUUACACGAAACAUUGCGCUGCGUUCGAUUGUUUAAUGACGACGGAUGUAGAAAAUUGUUUAAAUCAUUACGCGAAGAUUAUAAAAAACGAUCACCAUACAUCGCGUACUUGAUCAGAUGUCGACAAGGACUACUUUCCACGUUAGCUCAUCUGGAUAGAUUGUGUGUUAGAGUCAAAUGCGAUCGUGACACUAUCAACAAUCAUCUUGUUUCUGUUUGCGUAAAAGUAUUUUUGGAAAAGAGAGAAUCACUUCUUCUGCGUUUCUGUGAUGAAUUCAAGAAAUUGACACUGACUGAUGAAAAACAAGAUUUAGUCGACAAUUUCUUAAGUACUGUUUAUGCUAAAAUGGAUAGCGAUUCGAUUUGGCAAUCAGGUGCAAGCGAGAAUCAGCUAAACUUGGCGAGAGUUGUAGUGGAAAGGACUGUGAUGGCUCGCGUUUAUCAUAACGCUCUUUAUCCAAACGGGGACGGUGACGUUUACAGGGACCAAUUGCUGCAUGACCAUAUUAAAAAACUGGCUCAAGUCGUAACACCGAAUCACAAAGAUUUACGAAUCCCAAAAAUUUAUCACUAUGAAUGUCCCUGGCCUUGGGCCCAAGCGGAAUUAGCUGUGAUAUCAGCCUAUAAAACGCCUAGAGAUAAAUUACAAUGUGUCUUUCGUUGUGCUACUACCAUUAUGAAUUUACUUUCUAUGGCAACAGAAAGGGGAGUUCCUGCGGCUGAUGAUAUGAUUCCCGUAUUAGUCUACGUUAUCAUCAAAACUAAUCCACCAUCCUUGCUUUCAACUAUUCAAUACGUGGAUAGCUUUUACGGUAAUAGAUUAGGGGGAGAAGAACAAUAUUGGUGGACACAGUUCUGUUCCGCAAUUGAAUUUAUAAAAACCAUGGAUUAGCUCGUAUCUACUAACAAAGUAUUGUUAGAACUGUAGAAAUAGUGUACAAUAAUUUUCACGAUCACGCUCAUUAUUUCUUAAUAACUGUCAUUGUCAUUUCGAAUAUAUAUUAUAAUUAUAAAUUAUAAUAUUACAAUCGUCAUAAUUAUCAUCUUUCUUAAUUUUAUCUUUAUUAUUAAGCCAUUGUAAUCAGCAUGCGUAAUAUCAGUAAAUGAAUAUCUCUAUUCUUGCUAUUUUAACAUCAAUUAUUUUUGUAAAAAUGUGUCAUAAUCACUGUACAUCUAAUAAUGAGAUUUCUGGCACUUUUGCUGUAGUACUAUUACUUCCAUAACUAUAAGUAUAAUUUUUAGAACUAUAAGUAUAAAAGAUUGUACUUGAUUAUAUUCUUAAGAGAAAUGCAUAUAUAUCCUGCAAUAAAUAUUAGAAGAACAAUUGCUUUAAAAUAAGCUACUUAGUAAAGAUUUAACUCAUAA